UCAUUCUGAAUACAUUUGUGGGUCUGAUUUCAAUUACGUGCCUGUGCGGUUAUCUCGGAAAACCGUUUUUCUCUUCGCGCAGUUGUUUGUUUUCGGAGAGAAAAUUUUUCGUUUCACAAGAUGGGAUAAUUUAUACUUCAUUUAAGGUUUUUAAAAGGAAAAUAACUCGUUGAAAAGAAAAUGGAGGUAACCUGUUGGCUAUCUAUAUAUUCAAUAUCAAGAUGACAAUGGUAUCGAUUGCUCAAUCCCAUCUUGACAGAGUCCUGCUCAUGGUGGACACUCCCGGAAGGUACCACUUCUUGAUAGCUUUCCUUCUGUGUUGCAUGCAGUUUCCAGUGUCUUUCAGUGGACAUCUUCUGACUUUCUAUACUGCGACACCGAAGCACAGAUGCAGGGCGGAGUCCAAUCUCACUUUCGGAGACUAUGACCUGAGACCUAUAAUUACUGUGAAUGGGAGAAGACAGUAUUCAGCUUGUGAAUUGUAUUCUGAUCCCAGAGACCAUUCCAAAGGCACGAAAGCUUGUGAUGAUGGCUGGGAGUUUCAGGUUAGAAACGGAGAAUCUACAGUAGUUACUGAAUGGGAGCUAGUAUGCGAAUAUGAAGCUUUAGCAGCCCUUUUACCUUACUUAGCUACUGUAGCGGCGAUGAUAGGAGCCCUAGCCACUGGAAUUUUAGCUGACAAAUAUGGUCGCAAAUACGUUCUGGUAUUAUCUUUGCUGUUUCACACGAGCUUUGGUGUGUUCCUACACUUUCUUCCUCUUUUCGGCAUAUUCGCUACAGUUUUCAGCCUACAAGCAUUUCUUAUUGCGGGAGUGCAGUGCACGUCUUAUCUGUUACUCAUUGAAAAUCUUCCAACGACAUGGCAUUCGAAAGCAGCUCUGGCCGUAGCAAUAUUCCAUUGUUUGGGCGAACUUAUCCUAGCUACACUAGCUUGGCUGAUCAGGCACUGGAGAUAUCUACAGCUAAUCAUUUCGGCUCCAGGAGUAGUCGUCUUUGGAUACUUUUGGCUUUUGCCUCGCUCUUUAGCGUGGCUUGUUGUCGAAAACCGCCAGCACUCUGCUCAGAUCCAAUUAGCAAGGUUUACGAACGAGCCAACGUCGUCUUUGCUACCAAGUCUCCGAAUGCAGAUCCUGAAAUCGUGCAGGGUGGCAGUUUCUACGCCCUGUGGCUAUGCAGCGAGGCAUAGUUAUGAGACAAUCAUUUGUUCUUCCAGACUUCGGACCUUUGCUUUUACACAAUAUUACAUAUGGUUUGUAGUGUCUCUUGUGUCAAAAUGCACAGCGGAAGAAAUACCUGCUCUGAGAGAUAAUCCCUACUCACGACUCUUUGUACAUGGUGUUCUGGAGUUAUCAUUUGUUAUUUUAAUUCAUCUAGCUUCAACCAGCGUUGGUUUGAAAUUAACUCAAGCCACAUCGCUGUCCAUCUCUGGCAUUUGCUGUAUGUUCGCGGCCAUCGUCAACCACCAGAUAGUGCAAAUGCGAUUCCGAUUUGUAACUGAGAGAGGUCUUCAUCACUUUGCUCCUGUUUUCGCCCUAUUAGGCAAAUCCAUAGCAAACGCUUCAUUUCUUACCUUAUACAUGUAUGCUAUCAAGACUUUUCCUACUGGUGUCAGGGGUCUAGGGCUAUCAUCCUGCAUGUUUUGGGGUGAAGUGGCUCACCUUUUUGUUCCUCACUUUGAUACUUUGCAUAGCCACUCUCGUUUCCAAAUCCUGGCCAUAGCUGGAGCUCUAAGUUUUGUUGCUGGAAUCUUAACUUCUUGGCUACUACCAGAUUGUACUGAUCGUCCACUGGCUACAAUAGCUGAAGAAGUCGAGAUUGGUCAAACUAAAAUUAUUAAUGACAGUGAUCUUGAUUUUCGAGAUACUUCAAUAGCAUCAGGUUUUGUUCCGAACAUACCAGCUGAAGACCCAGAAACAUCCGUUCGUUCCAAUAACAGCGUCAACGAGUUUGAAAAGUUAAAUUUUGGCAAAGGUUUCCUGAGAAGAUUGGCAUUUUUAAUUCGAUGUAAAACUCAACGACUCUUUUCACCAUCUAAGUAUUCAACAGCUCAAAUGAGCUAUGGUAAAGAAAUACCACCCAUCAGCGUGGUAGGUGGUGAUAUAUUUGAGCCUGUCACUGGAUUCAUCUUCAAAUGGGAUCAAGCAGAGCCUACUGUGAAAAUAUCAGAUUUCGAGAAGGAAAUGUCUGUGUACUGGAAACCAAACUGUGAUCCAAAUGAAAAGAAACUUAAUGAUAAACACUUGAACAGUCUGAAUAUUUUGUAUAACAUACAAAGUAACGCCUUAGAUGGUUCAAAUGAGUGCGUAGAAUUGCAGAAUAGCUCAGAAGAUAUUACCGAUUCCAGUCUUUAAAAGAACAAUAGCGAGAAGCUUAUGUAUUAUUUAAAUUAGUAAUAAAUUUUAAAUAUUAAAUUUUCUGCGAAUUUUUCGCGACGAGUUUUUUUUUUUUUUUUUUUUUUUUUUUUUUUUUUUUUUUAAUGGAUAGUUGUAUUCAGAGAGGUUUUGUGCAAUAAAGAUUAGGUAUAUAGGUUGAAAUCUGCAAUAUGAACUAAGAAGUUCUUGUAAAAAUGCACUUUAUAAAUCUCAUUCUUUUUUCAUACGUAUUUAUUUCAGUUGUGUUAAUUUAUUACGAUUUGUAUCCCAUCAAUGUGUAAAAGUAUAAUGAAUUAUGUGAUGUCAUUUUUUUCUCGUUAAAUAAACAUUUGU